CUUCCCCCUCCCUCUUGCCUCCAACCGCGCUACAGAACACCAACGUCAUAGGCCGGUCCGAGGACAUCAUCACCGCGGCCCGGCGACCUCAACGCAAAUCCCACAAGCAUAUCACUGGUGUUAUCUCAGCCGUCUGGCAUCUUUUCGUUCUGUAUGCUCCAGUCGGUUUGCACUGCGAUUUUGUCUAAACAAUAAAGGAAGAGCUACCCCGCCAAGACACCUUUUUUUUUUUUUUUUUUUGUCUUUGACCAGUCAGGAACCUGCACCAGGAACCUGCACCACCUCCCUUUUGCCCCUUCGCUCUACCGCAGCCAUUGCCGAUAUCGAGAAGCAAAGAUAACGGUAGAAAUGGCUGCUUUGCAUAUUCAGAGGCAGGCCUAUCUCGCCUCGCGUCGUCUCGCGACCAGGACCUUGGUUCAGAGCCGCCGCCCUGUGCCAUUCCUGCCGCACAGGAUUGUCCGCCUGGCUUCCAGCUCAUCAGCGCCUACACUUAAAGAUGCGUCUCUAUUCAAACCGGGCGUCUGCUAUGUGAAUGGCGAAUGGGUCAAGGCCGCGUCAGGCAAGACCUUUGACGUAUCAGAUCCCUCGACCGGCCACCACAUUGGCUCGUCUCCCGAGUUCAGCAAAGCCGACACUGAAAAGGCCAUCGAGGCUGCUUCCACGGCCUUCCAGAGCUUCCGGACGACCACGGGCCGCGAGAGAUCCCGCCUGCUGCGCAAAUGGUUCGACCUCAUGAUGGCCAACGCCGACGACCUGGCAAAACUCAUCACGUGGGAGAACGGCAAGACGCUCGCCGACGCCAAGGGCGAGGUCACCUAUGCUGCCAACUUCUUUGAGUGGUUUUCCGAGGAGGCCCCGCGUGUCUACGGCGAUGUCAUCCCAGCCUCGGUUGGGCAGAAUCGCGUCAUCACCACCAAGGAGCCCGUCGGGGUCUGCGGCAUCAUCACCCCGUGGAACUUCCCCGCGGCCAUGGGAACGCGCAAGAUCGGGCCGGCUCUGGCGGCCGGAUGCACAGUUGUUUGCAAAGCCCCCGCGGAGACGCCCUUCACAUCGAUGGCCAUCGCCGAGCUGGCCCAUCGCGCCGGCGUCCCGCCGGGAGUUGUAAACUUCAUCACAUCGCACGAGAACACAAAGGAGGUCGGGUCGACGAUGACGUCGCACCCAACCGUCCGCAAAAUCUCCUUUACCGGCUCGACCCCGGUGGGCAAAAUGCUCAUGCAGCAGGCGUCGGGCACGCUCAAGAAGUGCUCGUUCGAGCUGGGCGGCAACGCGCCCUUCAUCGUCUUCGACGACGCGGACCUGGACGCGGCCGUCGAGGGCGCCGUGGCCUCAAAGUUCCGCUCGACGGGCCAGACGUGCGUGUGCGCCAACCGCAUCUACGUGCAGAGCGGGGUCUACGACGAAUUUUGCGACCGCCUGGCCGCGCGGGUGCGGGACUCGUUCCGGGUCGGCAGCGGCUUCGACCCGGCCACCACGCACGGGCCCCUGAUCCACGAGCGCGCCGUCGCAAAGGUCGAGGCGCAGGUCCGCGACGCCGUCGACAGGGGCGGCAGGGUGCUGGCGGGCGGGGGCCGGCUGCCGGACCUGGGCCCGUCCUUCUUCCAGCCGACCGUGGUGCGCGACAUGACCGAGGACAUGGCGCUCGCGCGCGAGGAGACCUUUGGCCCCGUCGCGGGCGUCUUCCCCUUCGGCACCGAGGCCGAGGUUGUCGCGGCGGCCAACGGCGUCGACGUCGGGCUGGCGGGCUACUUUUACUCGCGCGACCCGGCGCGCAUCCAGCGCGUGGCCGAAGCGCUCGAGGUGGGCAUGGUCGGCGUCAACACGGGCCUCAUCUCGGACACGGCCUCGCCCUUUGGCGGCGUCAAGGAGUCGGGCUUCGGGCGGGAGGGGUCCAAGUACGGCAUCGCCGAGUACCAGGUCAUCAAGACCAUAACGUUUGGCGGCAUGGGGAAGCCGCUGCAGAGCUGAUGAUCACGGGACCUCUAACCGUUUCCGGGUCGUCGCAGAUUGCAUGUCCCAAGAAUAAAAAACGUCCCGUGAUGGCCGCUGCAACGCUACGCUGGGAGCAUGAAAUUUCCCGCACGUAUUGUAUUGGCUUGGCAUCUUUAGAGCCGCGGCGGUAAAAAUAAAGAUGGAAUGCCCGUGACCGAGACGAAGGCGAUGCCAGCCAGUACCUAGAUCUAGAUCUGGCGCCAAAGGCUAAGUGUGCUUUUUUUUCUUUUCUUCUCCGAGGUGUUUACACGACCCGGCAAGCGGGUUCCAGGGGCCAAAAAAAGAAAGAAAAAAAAAACAUCCGCGUCAAGGUGAUUGGAGCGGCAGUGAGGCUACCCCAGCCCGCCGCCCUGUGACGGGAUCCCCACUAUCUUGUUGUGUUGCCACUCCGCCGAGGGCACAUCGGGUUUGUAGCCGCCGAGACCACGGCGUCGGCACAAGUCGGGUGAGGGCGGCGCUGGCUUUUUUUUCUCUCUUUCUUUCUUCUUGGGUUGCCUGCGCUUGGUUAGCAGACCAUCUCUUGCUUUUGCGGUCCUGUUA